AUAGCGUACUCGUGUUUCAUCGUUUCAUCACACGUUACAGUCAAAAGUAUGGAGCUAAAUAAAGAUAAACGUGGAAAAUGUAGUUUUGAAGACGCUUUAGACAUUAGUGGAUUUGGCAAAUACAACUACAGUAUGCUUAUACUCUGUUGUCUAUUAAUAUUGGCGAUGUACAUCGAUAUCUUCGGGUUCUCGGUAUUAUUGCCCAGUGUAUCCUGCGACAUGAGCCUCUCGACUGCCCAACAAGGAUUAAUAUCAGCUGUUCCUUUGAUAGGUAUUAUGGUUUCUUCGUAUGCCUGGGGUCUGUGUGCAGAUACAAUGGGUAGACGAAAAACCCUAUUAAUUGCAAUGCCCAUUGGUGCCCUCUUCAACUUGGUAGCCAGUAUCGCUCCUAAUUUUACCUCACUUUGCAUACUGAAGUUUUUGUCAGCGGGAUUUUCAUCAUCAGCAAACGCUGCGGCUUUCGUCCUACUCGGAGAAACCAUUCCAAGAGUUCACAGAAGUCGGUUCAUGUUUCUCAUGGCGAGUGCCACUAUGGUCGGACAACUUGCUAUCUGCCUUCCAGCUCUUCCAGUCUUCCAACUGAAAUUCCACAUUGAAGUACCCGCGUUAGCCAUGGAGUACCGACCUUGGCGGCUACUGAUGCAGAUCCUCAGCAUUCCGGGAUUGAUUGGCAUCGCUGGCAUGUAUUUCCUUUACGAAAGCCCCAAAUUCCUCCUCAGCAAGGGCUUCGAGGAUCAAGCGAUAGACGUAUUGAAAAAAAUGUACAAUUAUAACACAGGAUUGGACAAUGAUAACUACCCGGUGAAGUCAGUAUGUCUAGACAAUUCUGAAAUGAAAUGUUCCACUGAUUCUUCGUUCCUGCGACGAAUGUGGAAUCAGACGGCGCCGUUGUUCAAACCACCGCUACUAAAGAACUCCUUGAAGCUGUAUUGCAUUCUACUCUGCGCUUAUAUGACAUCUACCGGUUUCACAAUGUGGGUACCAACUAUGACGAAUGCUUACUUCAACGGUGAUGACGUCACGGGCAAAACCUUCUGCGAAGUCGCCAGCGCAGCCGCUCGGCGCUCUUCACAGUAUGCUCAUGUUACAUCCAACAUCACCAUCGAUUGUGAUAAUGUAUUCAAGCCGAUGACACUAUACGCCGUCAUGGUAUAUUCAGGACUCUGUGGACUCUUGAACCUUGUUCUCACUUUUAUCGUGGGUUAUCUCGGUAAAAAGAAAACCACCCUGCUGGUGUUCAUAGUCACGGUUACUUGUGGGAUAUUCCUCCUCUUCGUGAGAAUACCAAUGCUUAGCAUAUUCCUGUUCUACAUGUUCCCGUACGUCGCUUUGAUCUUGGGAAACAUAAACACUUACUUGGUUGAGCUGAAUCCCACUUACUUAAGAGGCAUGGCGACGUGCCUGUCGGUGGUGGUGGCGCGCGGGUUCGGCUUCGUUAGUGUGCAGCUUAUCGCUACGCUGCUCAUUGAUCACUGCACGCCCAUGAUGUCUGGGUACAUCGUGCUAGUGCUCAUCGGACUAGCUACAGCGUGCUUCUUGCCUCCAGACACGAAAGCGACUACAGAAACUUUACCGACAACGCAAAACGAAGUGAUGUUAGGCAGCAAUGAAAGUUUAAAUUCGAUUGGUCAAAGAAAAGAAAGACAUUGAUUCUUAAUCAAUUACUGUUUUUUUUGUAAUUCAAAUAAUAAAAAAGACUAAAAGCAACGUAUACAGUUGCUUAGCUUGGAGGUGGUGAAACUGUGAAGAACACGAGCGAAUCUUAAAAGAAUCUUACUUUUUAACGGUAGAAUACUUAUCGAGUGAAUACUGAGCAUUCGUUACUAUGUAGGAACACAUCACAGAUAUGAUAUUGUGACUAAGCACUGAAAAAAACUGUCAAUGGAACAUUACCAAAUGAGCAGAAGUGAGUACUUCGUAUCGUCAAUCUACUAACGCUAAUGAAAAUGCCCUUGUGCCGGCGCUACACUAAUUGGUUAGAUGAAAAAGUUUCAAACGAAAAACAUACAACUACUUAUUAAACAUAUUCAUCGCGUAAUGAUUAAUAGAGAACGAAAAUUUUAAAAAGUUUUCAUAACAAAAUAUGUUCUU